GCCCCUGCGCUGCCAACGCUAAGUGACUGGAAAACAAAGGCAGUGAGCAGCGGCUGGGAAAUGUCAUCAGUCAUCGUUAAUUGAGGAAACAGACUUCAAACAAUCAAUAGUGUUAUUAUUUGAGGGGUGAAAUAAGAGAACCGUUAUCAUUGCGUUUGCCGUUUGCGCGUGAACAAGACUCCAGCUCUCGCAACAACUAAAUCGGCUUUUGAGAAUCCACAGGUUCCUCCUCCUCGCUUGUUUUCUUUUUCUUCUGUGCUUCUGGAUGGAUCUGGACUGAAGGACAGCAGCUGUGUGCGAAGGACACCCGAGUAGCUGUUUCGCAUCACGGACUUGUUUAUUUCACCGAGUGGAAGGAAUAAUGAAGUUAGUUCUUUCUAGAUAGAUGGUAGAUGGCAGGUCAAGGGGUUAUUGGAACACUUAAAGAUUUCGCAGCCUCGUUUAUACCCUUUGUUGUUUGAAAUCCUGCCUUUUAGCAGACAGUUUGGCUUUUCCGUCGUGAAGAGGGAAGUUACCUGCGCGCUCAUCUGAAGAGGAGAGGCACUGUCCGCGGUCCUGAAGUCAUUUCAACAACUGUUAUUUUCCUCCUGGCCUCCUGCGAAGGCAACUUAAGGGUUUCUCCAAAAAGGGACAGUUAGAGGGACACUAUCCACCAGCAGCUCCAGAAAGAGCUUAAUAUGGUAACUCAAACUAGAGUCCACCUGCAAACUUUGGUACUUUUGAUUUGUGUCGUCCACCUGAGUCAGCCAGUAUGUGUCGAUGUCCCGUCGGCGACAGAAGCAGUCCUGGGUAAAUCCACCAAGUUGACCUGCAUCUCCUGUAUGAAGAGGGAGGAGAUCAAAGCAAAGACACGUGUGGAUUGGUACUACAUGCCAGAAAAAUUAAAAGACAUUCCACCCAACAAAACUCAUAUAUACAAGUAUGAGAACAACAGUCCAGCUGAAUUGGAUGGACCAUUUAAGGGCCGUCUGACCUGGAAUGGUAGCCGGGACUUGCAAGAUGUCUCCAUUGAAAUCAUCAAUGUCACCUAUAGCGACAGCGGUGUCUAUGAGUGCCACGUACUUCGCGAAUUUGAGUUUGACUUCUUCACACCCUCCGUCUCCAUCACCAAGGACAUCAAGUUGAAGGUGAACGCGAAAGCCAGUCAAGAUACCACAGCGCUCUACUCUGAGAUCAUGAUGUAUGUGCUGCUGGUUUUCUUGACCUUCUGGCUGCUGGUGGAGAUGGUCUACUGCUACAGGAAGAUCUCCAAGUCUGAUGAGCAGGUGCAGGACACAGCGACAAACUACCUAGCCAUUCCCUCUGAGCAGAAAGCCAAUCCAGCUGCUCCUGUUACCGAAUAAAAGUGGUUGUCAGUGACACGGUAUUAACCAAUCACGAUGGGACAGAAACAGGCAUAGAUUCCACAACCUUAUCUAUGCCACUAUGAAGGAAUCAUUACUCCCAGACUACCAUGGGAAUCCUGCCAACCGACCUCCCCUGUGUAUCGACUGUGUCUUGUGAAGAGCCAGUCAAAAAUGUCCAAGUGCUCAAUUGUUCUCCUCCUUUUCCUCUCGUUUUUUUUUUUAUCUUCGUGCCAGGCAUCUAAAAUCAAAUGCUUUCACUAAUACAGCAGGUUAAAGAACAAAGACGUCAGUGUCCUGCACUUAUUAUCAGAUAAAUACCACCCAUGCUUCAUUUAGUGGGUAGUUACUAAACAUUUUGUUAGUAUUUAGUGGUGCCUCUGUGAUUUAAAACCUAUAAACAGAAAAAUAUCCAAGGAAAGAUGCUGUCCUACUGCUGUCAAGGCUGUUAUACACAACGUUUACUGACUCUGUAAUACUUGUUUAGUUCAUUUUGUUUUAUUACAAUUUUAUAGAUCCACGCUGAGAUUUUGAGUCUCGAUUUUAUUUGUAUUGGCCAAUAUCUUUUUGAUGUCUUUUUAAGGAAAAUGGAUUGCAUAACUUUUAUACUGUAUGGAUGUGCAUUUCUCCCUGUAUGCAUCAGUGAAACCACAAUGUAAUGGAAACAUACAACAGCAAAUUAUAUUGUAUCAAGACACUCUAUUUCAGUUGAUCUGAAUUCAUCUAGGUCUUUCCUAUACUCUCCUCUGUAUAAAAAUUUAAUCCAUCUUCAGCACGUAACGUCAAAGCACAUUCAGUAGGUUAAGUCUUAGUGCAUACAGUUCCUCUAAAAUGUAUUCUUAAGCUUUGCCUGUUGCUGGUGUUCUACAGUAGCAUUGCUAUUGAGACUAAAUGUGUGCCUAUUUCUAUAGUACAACACUGAAAUGUAUAUUUUGUGAUUCAAUCAUACCACGCUGUUCUCUGUCUAUUACAGACAUGAUAUCUCCUGUGUGAGUGAGCUGCUUUUGAACUAUUAAAUACAAUGCAUUCCACA